AAUAAAUAAUGGUGCGAUAUGCUGCCCUCAAGGGCUUCUAUGAUGUGGAAAAAACAAUCGGCUGUGGAGGAUUCGCAAAAGUUAAACUUGGCACCCACGUUGCAACAGGUGAAAAAGUUGCCAUUAAGAUUAUGGAGAAGACCACCCUGGGUGAUGAUUUACCCAGGGUAAAAAUUGAGGUCGAGGCUCUGAAAUCCCUGGCGCAUCAACACAUCUGUAAACUGUAUCAAGUGAUUGAAACAGAAUCCCAUUAUUUCAUGAUCAUUGAGUACUGCUCAGGCGGUGAAUUAUUUGAUCACAUAGUUGAAAAGAAUAGACUCACCGAAACAGACUCCCGCAAAUUCUUUCGGCAGAUUGUUUCCGCCGUUGCCUAUCUUCAUAGUUUAGGGUAUGCUCACAGAGAUUUGAAGCCUGAAAACGUUUUGUUGGAUAGACAGCAAAAUCUCAAGCUAAUAGACUUUGGUCUUUGUGCAAAACCAAAGGGGGGAAUGCAGGCUCAUUUGUAUACAUCUUGUGGCUCUCCUACUUAUGCGGCACCUGAACUUGUACUGGGAAAUAAAUAUUUGGGGUCAGAGGUAGAUAUUUGGAGUAUGGGCGUACUACUUUAUGCUUUAUUGUGUGGCUUUCUUCCAUUCGAUGACAGCAGCAUAGAGAAUCUCUAUAGGAAAAUUCUCUCUGGAAAGUACGAUGAACCCAACUGGCUCUCUUCAAGCAGUAAAAAAUUGAUUCGGUCCAUGCUGCAAAUCGAUCCUAAAAAUCGGAUAACUGUCCAAGAAUUAUGUACUCAUCCCUGGAUUACCGCUGGAUUUUUAAAUCCUGUCUCAUCCAAGAAGAGAACUAACUUUCAAAAGGACGAAGAAGUGCUGGCAACCAUGUCAUCCAUCUGUAGCGAGAGUGGAGACGAUAUAUGGCAAGAAUUGCUCAAAAGUAAUAGGACCGACUAUCGAACAGCAACCUACUUGCUGUUACUCAAUAGGAAGCAUCGAGGGCUUCCCUUAAGACUUGCCUCUGCUCCCAGGACACACUUCUGGGGUAAAUCGAACGUCGAGGGGACUCCAAAGGUAGACAUUGGUCUAACUAAUUUUAUCACAAAAUUGGAUCAAUCACCGAGAAGCCGGGUUAUCGAGCAAUCCCCGGUUACCGAUAAGCCUUACACCGCGAUAAAAAUGACCCUGGAAACCGCUAAGAAUAAUGGAAAAGACUUCACAGAGCCACAUAUUCCCAUUCGUAAAAGGCUGAGGAGUAAGGAGACGGAUGACGCGUUGUCGCCUAUCCCAUCGAAGAGGCCAGUUGAAAAAGAAAAGAAUCCUGCUACACCAACGACUCCGCAAUCCCAAGAUUCCAGGAUUUCUCAUCCCUCAACCCCUGGAAGUGCACGAAAAGUAAUGCUGGGCUUGGAGCGAGGUCUGAAUCGGGUCAGGCACGUUCUCACACCAAAACGUCGCGCGAAAAAUGAGAUUGUUGAUCCCGAUCAGCCGACAUUACUAUCCGGAAAGGGGUUGUGCAACGUUUCUACGACUUCCAGCGAUUGCCCAAAACAGAUCAUGUCCCAGCUACGACGAGCUCUACAUCGUAAAGGAAUCACCUGCCGGCAAAAAGGUUUUACGUUACAAGGCGAAACGGAGUUCAUCAGCUGUAAAACAACUGGAAACCGAAAAGAAAAUGCGCGUCCAUUUUCAUCGCGAAGUGCUUGUUCCUUUGAACUGGAAGUCUGCUUAGUCGAAGGCCUAUCAGACGCGAAACCGCUCGUAGGAAUCCGGCGUAAGCGGUUAAAAGGCGAUGCUUGGGUUUACAAAAGGGUUUGCGAAGAGGUUCUCGCGCUUGCAGCCGAUGGCGAAGAAACUUCGCAAUUUCCUACGUCCGACGCUGAGUCAAAUUGUCUUAUCUAGUGUCUUCUGUCGAACGGGGAAUUCCAUCUCACCGAAUAAUAAGGUUGAGAGCUCACUUGUUUGUAAUUUUUAUUUUCAGUUUUUCUUUUUCUUAAAUCUCUUUUAACAUGAUGCCGGAUGUCAGUGAAAUAUGAAAAAUAAUUCUAAUUGUCAUAUAAGUCUAUUUGUAGGAGAUGGGUGAGUUUUUACGAUUUUUAGUGUGGUUGCCCAGAUGCACUUUCAACUCCAUCUGGGCCCACGAAACUUAUACAAUUGUUGCGGAUAAUUCCGCGGAUAAUGUAAGUCUUCUAAUUUAUUUCAUAUUGUUUCGUCGAAGAAAAGACAAAGGUACGGAGAUGUAGCGGAUGCGUGCUCCUUGCACGGUUUAUGGUUGUUUUUGUUUUUAGCUAGAUAAAAAGUAAUUACAGAUAUUAUGGUAUAAUGAGAAACGUCGCACCGUAAAGUAUGAGGCGCAGAUAACAAUAAGAUGGAAAAAAAUUAAUAUUUUCAAAACCUGUAUGCAAUACUAUAUAAAAUAAAUACAGUUAAUUAAAAAGUCA